AUGGCGCACCGGCUCAACCGCGACGCCUAUACGGUAGGAUGGGUCUGCGCUUUACCCAUCGAACUCAUAGCGGCACAAGAGAUGCUCGAUGAGGAGCAUGAUGACCUCCCUCCGGACGGCAAUGACAGCAACAUCUACACUCUCGGAAGCAUCGGCGAGCAUAACGUUGUCAUUGCCUGUCUACCCGCAGGGCAAACCGGCACCAACUCGGCGGCGGCGGUUGCUAUGCAGAUGAAGUCCACCUUCCGCGCAAUUCGAUUCGGACUCAUGGUUGGGAUUGGAGGCGGCGUCCCUAGCUCAGGAACAGAUAUUCGACUAGGGGAUGUUGUUGUCAGCCAGCCAGCCAAGGGCCAUGGUGGUGUCAUCCAAUACGACUUUGGAAAGUCGACGCCGAGCGGUUUCGAGAGAACCGGCUUCUUGAAUACUCCUCCGCCAAUCCUCCUUAGCGCCCUCACGAAGCUACAAGCGAGAUACGGUCGAGCUAAGAGCGAUCCAUGGCUACACAUGCUAAAACUCAGCAAGCUACCCCAGUUCAGCCGCGACCAGAUCCGCGACGAUGUACUGUUCGACGGAGGCUACAACCAUGUUGGAGGAGGGAAUAGCUGUAUGCUCUGUGACGACACACGGAAGCUGCAUCGGAACAAAAGAGCCGUGGACAGACCUGAACCUCAUUACGGCACCAUCGCAUCGGGAAACCAGGUGAUGAGGGACGGCGCUACAAGAGAUCAGAUCAGCUCUGAAUUUGGCGGCGUCAUGUGCUUCGAGAUGGAGGCGGCGGGCCUGAUGAACAAUUUCCCGUGCCUGGUGAUCCGUGGAAUCUGCGACUACGCCGACUCGCACAAGAACAAAGAAUGGCAGCCGUACGCGGCUGGAACAGCGGCGGCAUACGCAAAAGAGUUGCUGUUGGUAAUACCGGCGGAAGAUGUAAAGCAGAUACAGACGGUCGAUCAGGCAACACGAGAUUGCCAGACGGUGGCUAUCAGCGGUCUCGGUGGUGUUGGCAAGACACAAGUUGCGCUGCAAUUUGCAUACGCUGUCAAGGAAGACCACCCGGAGUUCUCCGUCUUCUGGGUCCAGGCGUCGAAAAGUGAAGAUGGCCUCACCGUAUUCACUACGCGCCAUGGGGAGGUAGCGCAAAGUCUGGCCGGAAACGACGUUGUUGAGAUAUGGAAGAUGACGGGACAGGAGGCGGUAGAGUUGUUCGAGAAGUCGCUGCUCCGAAAGAGCCCUCCUGACAACCAUGAGAUCGUAAUAGAUCUUCUCCAUGAGCUUGAAUACCUCCCAUUGGCUAUCACCCAGGCGGCAGCCUAUAUCAACACAAACAGAAUUCCCAUCUCCGACUAUCUGUUGCUGUUGAAGAGCACAGACGAGGAUGCUGUCAUCGUUCUAAGCCGGAAUUUUGACGACAAGACACGAUAUCCGAAUUCGGCAAACGCAGUCGCGAAGACAUGGACGAUUACGUUCAACAAGAUUCUUGAACACGACAGAUUAGCGGCAGAUCUCCUUGCCUUCAUAUCAUGCAUCGAAUGGAAAGCAAUUCCGUACUCCAUUUUACCAACAGAACAUCCCCAAGCCCGGCUAGGGGAGGCCAUCGGCACGCUCUGCGCCUACUCGUUUCUGGAGAGACGGGACGAUGGCAAGAAAUUUGAUAUGCAUCGCCUCGUCCAUUUGGCAACGGGAAUAUGGGUUGUUCAGAACGGGCUGGCAGUAGCGACGAGCAUGGCGGCAAUAAAACACCUCUCGGAAGUCUUUCCUAAAGACGAUUGGCACAAUCGCGAGACCUGGCGCGACUACCUGCCACAUGUGGCACGCAUAGACAAAAACGAACAGUGCCAAGGCACGUGGGAAAGGAGCGAGCUCUGCCUAAAGGUCGGGCGGUGCUUGCAAGUCGAUGGGAGGAUAAACGAAGCUGUUCUCUGGCUACAGGAGUCUUGCGAAUGGAGGGAUAGAAAUCUCGCGGAAGAUAACGCGGAUCGGCUAUUAGCACAGCACGUACUCGCCAUAGCAUAUCACGCAAACGGGCAGGUUAAAGAGGCAGCCGAGCUGCUCGAACGUGUCGUCGCGAUAGAAGCGAAACGGGAGCACUCGCAGAAGACCAUCCCAGUCGACUAG